UGAGCUGUGUAGUUAUGUCUGGACGCGGUAAAGGCGGAAAGGGGCUGGGAAAGGGGGGUGCUAAGCGCCAUCGGAAGGUUCUGCGAGACAAUAUCCAGGGUAUUACUAAACCGGCCAUCCGUCGUUUGGCCCGGCGUGGUGGUGUCAAGCGGAUAUCCGGCCUCAUCUAUGAGGAGACCCGCGGGGUGCUCAAAGUCUUUCUGGAGAAUGUGAUCCGGGACGCUGUCACUUAUACGGAGCACGCCAAGCGAAAGACGGUCACCGCCAUGGACGUGGUCUACGCACUCAAGCGCCAGGGUCGUAGAAAUCCCAGUUUUAUUUAUGUAAGGGGCUAUUUUUCGGAAAUGGCUCGGACCAAGCAGACAGCUCGUAAGUCUACUGGGGGGAAGGCCCCGCGCAAACAGCUGGCUACCAAGGCUGCUCGUAAAAGUGCGCCGGCCACUGGCGGCGUGAAGAAGCCCCACCGCUACCGGCCUGGCACGGUCGCGCUGCGCGAGAUCCGCCGCUACCAGAAGUCCACCGAGCUGCUGAUCCGCAAGCUGCCCUUCCAGCGCUUGGUGCGUGAGAUUGCGCAGGACUUCAAGACCGACUUGCGCUUCCAGAGCUCGGCCGUGAUGGCGCUGCAGGAGGCGUGUGAGGCCUACCUGGUGGGGCUCUUUGAGGACACCAACCUGUGCUACUCGCUUGUAUUCACUAUGUCUGGCCGUGGCAAAGGCGGAAAGGGUCUGGGUAAAGGAGGCGCCAAGCGCCACCGCAAAGUUCUGCGCGACAACAUCCAGGGCAUCACCAAGCCCGCCAUCCGGCGGCUGGCCCGGCGCGGCGGCGUCAAGCGCAUCUCCGGCCUCAUCUACGAGGAGACCCGCGGGGUGCUCAAGGUCUUCCUGGAGAACGUGAUCCGGGACGCCGUCACCUACACCGAGCACGCCAAGCGCAAGACGGUCACCGCCAUGGACGUGGUCUACGCGCUCAAGCGCCAGGGCCGCACCCUCUACGGCUUCGGCGGCUAAG